CACACACACCGCGAGAGAGCCGCACUCCGGGGAGAGAGAGAGACACACACACACAGACCGGGACCGGGAGAGAGAGACACACACACCGCGAGAGAGCCGCACUCCGGGACGGAGCCGCACCGACGAUCAGCCGCUCUACCUGCCUCAAAAUGAUAGAAUCCAGCCUGAAAUUCGACCCAAAAAGGGAUGAAAUCAAUGUCUUGGCUGAGGAAAUGGUCUUUCUUCCAGCAAGCAACCAGAAGAAGUUGGAAAAACGCAACCCAAAAGUGGUGAUGCUAAUCGUUGGGCUGAUUAUUGGGGCUGCUCUCCUCUCACUGAUGAUCGGGCUUCUUGUUUGGCAUUUUCACUUUCGCCCAGAUAAUCGAGUUAAGAAAAUGUACAAUGGUUAUCUUAACAUCACUAACAAGCAGUUCACUGAGGAACUGGAAGAUUCCGACUCUGAAGAAUUUAAGACCCUGGCAGCUACAGUUGAGGAAAUGCUUCAGGAAACUUACACGAAAACCGAUGGAUUGGCUCCGUACUAUGUCCAGUCCACUGUCACUGCAUUCAGCGAAGGCUCUGUAAUCGCUUAUUACUGGCUUGAAUGUCGAGUCCCACCAGAGAAGGAGGCCGAACUUGAUAAAGCCGUUGGUGCUCUAUCUGUGCUGUCUAGGUCUCACCCAAGAUUUUUUUCUAAAUCGUUAAGGGUUAACAACAUGGUUAUCGAUCGUGCCGAUCCAAGGAAGGUGAAGCCACCAAAGGACAAAAGCUGCUCUUAUGACAUGCAUGCAACGCCCGGAACGAACAGCACAUUCACAUCACCAGGUUUUCCGCAUUCUCCCUACCCUGCUGAUUCCUGGUGUCAAUGGGUUAUACGGGCAGACUCUGACCAUAUUCUUGAACUCAACUUUGUGACGUUUGACCUGGAGAAAAUCUGCCAGAAUGACUUUGUCACAGUUUAUGACUCGCUGAGUCCAAUUGAAAAACGAGAAAUAACAGAGCGCUGUGGUGUCUAUCCUCCAACAAAUGCACUUAAGUUGAUAUCCUCUCGCAAUGUGAUGCUUGUGACAUUGAUAACCGAUGAUAAUGAGAAUUACCCGGGAUUUAAAGCAGUGUUCAGGCAGCUGCCAAAGAGAAAAGAGUGCAGAAAGGUUCUCGAAGGAUCCGGGGUUUUCUCUUCCCCAUACUAUCCAGCAUAUUACCCACCUCGAGCAGACUGUACCUGGAUUUUGAGGGUGCCUCCUUCCAUGAAAGUAAAAGUGGUGUUCAAGGUGUUCCUCCUUCAAGAGCUGAAAGAUGGGGUCUGCAAGGACUAUGUGGAAAUAAAUAACCAGAGGAUCUGUGGGAAGAAACCAGUGCUGGUUCUACUAGGUGAGGGAAAUGAGAUGACGGUCAAGUUUCAUUCUGAUGCAGCAGAGUCAGACCGGGGAUUUUCUGCUACCUUUGAAUCUUAUGAUGCAAAUAAACCUUGCCCUGAUGAGUUUGCCUGCACCAGCGGCCGUUGUAUUGGGAAGGACCUGGUGUGUGACGGUUGGAAUGACUGUGGGGACAACAGUGAUGAAAUAAAUUGCAAUUGUAAGGAAGACCAGUUCCACUGUGGUACGGGUCUGUGUAAAUCCAAGUUCUGGAUGUGUGAUGGUGUUGAUGAUUGUGGUGAUAACAGUGAUGAGGAAAGUUGCCAGUGUGAUCCUGAGGACAUGAAAUGUGCGAAUGGUAGGUGUAUCCCUGAGGAGCAGAAAUGCAAUCAGGUGGACGACUGUGGAGAUCGAAGUGAUGAGAAAGACUGCCAGCACGAAAGCAUGUCGGUCACCUGCACCGCGUCUACCUACAAAUGCAGCAAUAACCUCUGUAUCCGAAAGAAGAAUCCAGAAUGUGAUGGAACACGGGAUUGUGCAGACGGUUCAGAUGAGCAGAAUUGUAGUUGUGGAUUUCGACCAUAUAAACACUCUCGUAUUGUGGGAGGUGUGGAUGCGGAGAUUGGCGAAUGGCCCUGGCAGGUCAGCCUUCAUGUGAAGAAUCAUGGAAAUACGUGUGGGGCCUCAGUGAUCUCCAACCACUGGCUUGUGUCAGCCGCACACUGUUUCCAGAAUACCUUCGGAACCAAAUAUUCUGAUCCUAACCUCUGGACUGCAUACCUUGGGCUUCAUGUUCAGUUGGAGUUGAAUGAUCGAGUGGUGAAGAGGGACAUCAAACAGAUCAUUGUUCAUGAGUCUUACAAUUUACAGACAUUCGAUAAUGACAUUGCCCUGUUGGAGUUGUCUAGUCCUGUAGCCUUCAGCAAUGUCAUUCAGCCCAUCUGCCUCCCAGAUGCAACACACAGCUUCCCUGUGGGCAAAAGCGUCUGGGUCACAGGCUGGGGGAAACUGAAGGAAGAUGGUUAUGAGGCCAAAGUGUUGCAGAAAGCUGAGUUACGAAUCAUAAAGAGACCGAUAUGUAAUACGCUGCUGAGCAGCACUGUAACCUCCCGCAUGUUGUGCGCUGGAUUCUUGAGUGGAGGCAUUGAUGCUUGUCAGGGUGACUCUGGGGGUCCUAUGUCCAGUGUGGAGGGAAAUGGACGAGUGUUCUUAGCUGGAAUUGUUAGCUGGGGAGAUGGAUGUGCGAGAAGGAAUAAACCAGGGGUCUACACCAAGGCUGCAAAGUUCCGGCAGUGGAUCAAGAUGCGCUCUGGAGUUUAGUGUGUGCUGAGGGCCACAUGGCUGAUUUUUUUUUUCCGAUUCUUACUCUGCCCUGGGUCUAUCCGCUGAAUUGAUCCAUCAGAGAACUGAAGUUAGGAGCACACUUUCACUUUUACCUGUACCAUAUGAUGCCUGACACUGAAGCGGUUUCUGAACUUGUAGAUAAUGUAUAAAAUUUCGUAAAGACAUUCCCUGAGUGAAGAUGUUCUGUGGGACGUUUGGCUACUUAUCAUGUUACUGAACCAAUCAAUAUUCACAGUGUAAUGGCAUUGAUCUGAAACAUUCCAGAGCAUUCUCCCUUCCCCCUUCUGCACAGCUCCCUUUUUGAGUUAGUGGGAUGGAUGACUGGGCUGGGGGGUUGGGGUUGACCAGUCAGUAAUGUGGUGGGGGUAUG